GGUGCUGUUAAGCAAGGGGUCUGUGUUGGAAAUGUGUUAUUCAACCCAGAGACAGCAGGUAUAGUGGUUUAGCACGCAGGUGCUGGAGGCAGACUGCCAGGCCACAUUGGAGCCAGGAAACUUUGCAAGUAUGAAAUAUUCUGAAAGGAGGAGCUAAAGAAGGAAGUAACUGACCUCAGUGAAAAAAGAGGAACAAGUUCUAAACCAAAGAAGAUUUAAAUCAACCCAGAGAACUAAAGAGACCUCGGCAUACUAAUCUCAAGUACUGGUGCAGGUAAUAGAAGGAUAAAUAAGAAAUGAUUCCCAGCCCUCAAGAACCUCAGAGCUAAUCAGGCUAUACGACUUUAGUGAUAGAUGUGCUGGACAGCUAUUUACAAAAAUUUGGGUGUUAUGCUAUUCUCUAGGAAUAUAAAGAUGAAGAGACCUGAACCCUGCCCAUCAUUUAACCAGCAGGUUUCUGGAUGGCGUAUCAUUCAAACUUCCUUUUCUUGAAUUUUUUACUUUGCUGUUAUCUUCCACUCAUUUCUGCUUCAUCUUGUGAUUUACUGGUAGAAAAGGAAGAGGAGUUGAAUAACAUCCCCCCUGACACAGUGCAAUUAUACAUUAACGAUUGUAAAGUAAACAGCAUCAGAUACAACGAGAACCAUCUUCGAAAACUAAGUUUACUCAAUCUCUCCUCUAAUUGCAUCAGGACUUUGCCAGAUAAUGUUCUUUCAGAUCUGAAAGAGAAAUGCCUAAAAGAGCUUCCAAAACUACUUUUGAACCAUACCUUACAAGGAAUUACAUCAGUCUGUACCUGUGAUUUUAUUAAGGGAUCUGUCAUACCACUAAAUAACACUGUUUGUGCAGAAAUGUUGAAAAACUGUGGAAAUACUUCAGCAGCCAUUGCUAUAGGAAUUUCGCUUCUUUUGCUGUUGGUGAUCUGUGGAAUUGGGUGUGUUUGGCACUGGAAACAACGUAACACAACACAAUUUUCCCUACCGAAGUUUUUGCAAAGGAGAAGCAGCAGGAGAAAAGACUAUACUAAAACAGUCUCCUUGAGUCCCUAUGUUAUCAACUCAAGGCAUAAAAUCUCAGUUCAAACCCAAGACCACAGAUCUGCUGUGAGGGGGACUGACAUACAUGGAAACUAUGAAAAUGUGAAAGUGAGUCCUCUCAAUGCUAAAGAAGAAACCGAGAAGGAACUAUACCAGAACAUUCGGCAGUGCAAUUUGGAGGAGCACAUCUAUGGAAAUGAGGCGCCGUCUAAGUAUUGUAACUUCCAGAAUCUUCAUACUUCUGAAGUCCCUCAAGAUGAAGACAUAUAUAUUCUUCCAGAUUCAUAAUUACUUUUCAAAAUAUUGCGUUUAAUUAUCGGAGGAUAAAUAUUCACUGGGGCUUUUGUGGUACUGAUGGCAUUUUUAAUCGAGUUCUUCUGAUGAAACUCAAGGAUCUCUCAUCUGUCUCCACCCUUCUGAGUCCUCUCCAGGUGUAUCACUGUGGAUUAAUUCUAGACAUCCUCUCCACCCUCCUUUCCUGGAUUAAUUCUGCAUUAUUUUAUAUUGAUUCUUCCUUCUAAACCUUACCUAUCUUUUUCUUUUAUUUCUAUCCUUACCAUCUUUUUCUGUGUUAAGAUUAUUGCCACAGUCUCCUAACCAAUCUUUCUGGCUUUAGUUUCUACACUCUCAAUCAGUUCCCCGUGAUGCUGCCAGAUUUAUCUUCAGAAAAUAUUCCCAGUGGCCACAACACUUCUUUGCUUAAAACCUUUUAACGCCUCCUCUUUGCAAAAGACAUAAUACUCAUAAUUCCAACUCCAGAAUUCAUGAUUUUCCAUAAUUGGCUCCAGUUUACUUUUCCAAUGGCUUCUACUAAUCCCCUACUUCCCUGCUUUCGUCAGAAUCAUCUCAAAGCCUGCCAAACUCAUCCCUCCUCUGCACCUUUGCUUGUCUGCCCCCACUCAAGCCUGCUCAGCUCAUAACUCCCUCCACAAGUCUUCUGAAUCAUUCCAAACCCACAUUUGCCUUUUUCUUUUCUGACCUCCUGUAGAUUUUGCUGUCUGUUAAGUUCUUUGGACAUUUAAACUAUGAAUCUUUGCUAUGGAAUUUUAUUAUUCAAUGUUAUAUGAGAAUGUCUUAAGUUCCCUACAAAAUAGUAAGGAACUGCCUCAUAUUCAUCCUUUAGCCCUAAUGCCUAGACUAUCAUAUGAGGCACUCAUUGUUGUUCAAUUGACAAGAAUUGAAUUGUACAUUUUGCUAAGUAGUUUUGAGAAAAAUCUA